GGGCCCCCUGUUCCCAUGUUCCUUGGUACCCAGUUCUCCCUCCCCAACCUGUACUUCACUGGAUAGAUAGCACUUCUGUCCCCAAACUGACAGUAAGCCAAAUGCCUUUGAGGGCAACCCCCUUAAGGAUGUUUAUUGCAGGCUGUUUAUGGUGAAAAAUGGGGAAACAAUAUGAAUGCCCAACAGUAUAGAAGUAGUUGGAUAAUAAGUUGUGUAAUAUCCACAUAAUGGACGAUUGUGUAGUCAUUCAAAAGAACGAGCUAGAUCUAUACCAGCUGACUUGGAGGGAUUUCCAUGAUGCACUGUCAAGUGAGAGAAGUUGCUUUUAGAGACGAGUAUACAAAUUGAUCCCAUUUUACCGAAAUAAAGACAUGCCUCAUAUAUGUAGGUACAUGCGUAUGUGUAAAUAUGGGAUUCUACAUAAUUAAAAUACAAGCAUGAAGAAAAUAAAUUACAGAAGGAUAUUCACAGGCUGUUACUGUUGCCUAUGGCAGGGGAUGGUGGAGGAGAGAGGGUCUCUGCUGCCCAGGUGUCACUUGUCCUGUUUGGAGGGAAGGUGUCUGGGGCAGCUGCCGACCCUGUGGCUGGGUACUUCAUCAGCAGAAGCAGGAGGACAGGGGCUGGACACCUCAUGCCCUGGGUGCUGGGCUGCACGCCCUUCAUCACCGUGGCCUACUUCCUCCUGUGGUUCCUGCCCCCCUUCACCAGCCUGCGGGGCCUCUGGUACACGAGCUUCUACUGCCUGUUCCAGGCCCUGGCCACGUUCUUCCAGGUGCCCUACGCGGCGCUCACCAUGCUCCUGACCCCCUGCCCGAGGGAGCGGGACUCGGCCACGGCGUACCGGAUGACCAUGGAGAUGGCGGGGACGCUGAUGGGGGCCGCCGUCCACGGGCUCAUCGUGGCGGGCGCCCACAGGCCGCACAGGUGCGAGGACGCGGCGCUCGCCGGGCCGCUCGCCGUCUCCCCCGACGCGACUCGUCUCUACUCCACUGCAGCCGCCGUGCUUGCUCUGACCUACCCCGUGUGCACUGGUUUGCUCUGCCUCGGGGUGAAGGAGAGACCAGACUCCUCUGCCCCAGCCUCAGGCCAAAGCCUGAGCUUCCUGGCUGGGCUGGGCCUCGCUGUCCGGCACCCGCCCUACCUAAAGCUGGGGAUCUCCUUCCUGUUCAUCUCAGCAGCCAUUCAGGUGGAGCAAAGCUACCUGGUCCUGUUCUGUACACAUGCGUCCCGGCUCCAUGAUCACGUCCAGAGCGUGGUGCUAACCAUCCUGGUCUCGGCUGUGCUGAGCACCCCGCUGUGGGAGUGGGUCCUACAACGAUUUGGGAAGAAGACUUCAGCCUUCGGGAUCUGUAUGAUGGUGCCUUUUGCAAUCCUGUUGGCUGCUGUGCCCACUGCACCUGUGGCAUAUGUGGUGGCCUUUGUAUCUGGCGUGAGCAUUGCUGUGUCCUUGCUGCUACCCUGGUCCAUGCUUCCAGAUGUGGUGGAUGCCUUCCAGCAGCAGCACCAGCAUGGCCCAGGCCUAGAGACCAUCUUCUAUUCAUCCUAUGUCUUCUUCACCAAGCUUUCUGGCGCAGGCGCCCUGGGCAUCUCCACUCUCAGUCUGGAGUUUGCGGGCUAUGAGGCAGGAGCCUGCAAGCAGGCGGAGCCAGUGGUGGUGACCCUCAAGGUCCUCAUCGGGGUCGUGCCCACCUGCAUGAUCCUCACUGGUCUGUGCAUCCUCAUGGUUGGCCCCACUCCAAAGGUGCCCAGCCAGGACCCUUCCCGCCGGCAGAGUCUUCAGAGGAGGACCAGCUACAGCCUCGCUUGAGGGCUGACCUUGUGUGGGCUGGAACAGCAGGAGCCAGCGUCUUCAGGGCUCGGAGUCCCUCUUUCUUCUCAGUCCCUUAGCGCACCGACUUCGAAGGUUACACGUGACCUGUCUCUUCCCCUGGGAUAUGGAGUCUUCAGGCACACCUCCUGAAGGGAUUGGCCCGGGCUCCAGGACCCUCGCCUGCCACUUCUUGCUUGUUGAGCACAGACCAGGUCAGAUAGGCCUGUGCCCCGGACCACCCAGCUCCAGGUAACCUUGACCUGGAAAGCAUCCCAAGAGCAACUAUUCCUGGGAAAAGGAAGCCCCACAACUUGCUCACCCGACAGGACAGACGCACAGACCUCCUGUUCUUCCCGAUGCUCCAGUGGACAUCUGAGAGGCUGACAGACACCACACGAAUGGGCAGAGUGGGGACAGACGGACAUGUUAGGGAUGACAUCAGGAGAGACACAGAUAGAGGCACUGAGACCAACAGACCCCAGAGGGAGCAAAUGGGGACAGCAGGUGGGGAGGAGACUGAGCUGGACAUGAGAGGCAUUUCUCAAGGCUUUAGGCUUGUUCGGAUAAGCCGGCAACAGUUUCUGGAAUCAGACACAGACUGAUAUUGAGCUACCAAACAUCAAUCAUUUUUAGGAACAAAAGUUUUUUUUGUGGAAAUACUUUUCUGAAAUUGUAUCUUACAAAGGCACAGGGACCACAGUUUUCUAAAGGCUGUAUCUUUGGGGAAGAAAGAUCCACUGAGGUUUAUUUUAAAAAUAUAUAUGUAUAUAUAUAUAUAUAUUAAAGGCUUUAUCUUCUAUUGAGUCUGUAAAA